AUGGCGGCCGACGCGUGCCAGUCGGUGGCCGUGCAGCGAGUCACAACGCCCACUGCGUGGCAGCAGCACAUGCAGGUGCGCGUGGCGGUGUUUGUGGAGGAGCAGCGCGUGCCGCCGCACGAGGAGGUGGACGCGCUCGACGGGCUCGGCGCGCUGCCCGCCGUGCCGCCCUCCGCGCUGCACUUCCUCGCCACCCUGCAGGGGCAGCCCGCUGGCGCAGGUCGGUGUGUGGUGAAGGCUGAUGGCACGGCCAAGGUGGGGCGCAUCGCCACGCUGCGUCAGUUCCGCCGCCUGGGAGUGGGGCGCGCCAUCAUGCGCUGCAUUCAC